CGUUCCGGGCUCAAAGAGUGAAAUCGAGGACUAUAAGGAUACAGAAAGCAUGUGCUACUGUGUGUCAGUUUAGGACAUAGUUCUUGUCUUCUGGGUGCAAAUGCACAUUCGAGGGUGCGCUUAAUAUGGGCACGUGCGCCUCAACUCCUCAGCGCGCUGCGGAAGUCCAGCCAUCGCCGCUGCUUUCACCAGCGCCGGCACAUCCACCCGCUGGUCCCGAUGACAGUGGACGUCUAGGCUUGCCACCUAGGGCGAAGCUUGUGCUUCUGGGAGACUCGGGUGUGGGCAAAUCCUGUCUAGCACUACGCUUCACACGCGGCUGGUUCGACCCUGGCAGUCGGGCAACGGUUGGCGCUGCCUUCAGCUGCGCCACUGUCACGGCGCCCGGCGGUGGCGGCAGCUGUAAGCUCGAGAUAUGGGACACCGCGGGUCAGGAGCGCUACCAGUCGCUAGCGCCACUGUACUACAGAGGAGCCCACGCCGCCGCCAUAGUGUACGACAUAACGCAGCGUACGACACUUGUACGAGCGCAGCUGUGGCUGGAGGAGCUCCGGAGAUACGCAGGACACGGCAUGGUCCUGGUGCUAGUUGGCAACAAGACGGACCUGGCGCUGCAGCGUCAGGUGGCGGAGGAGGAGGGCAGGCAGCUGGCUGACAGCCUGGGAGCGCUGUUCGUGGAGACGUCUUGCGCCAGCGGGUCUAACGUGGCGGAGGUGUUCGAGGGCGUGGCGUCGCGCCUCGCGGGCGGACUGCCCGUGUCGGUGAAUGCAGCGGCGGCGCUGCCACUGUUCUAGCUGGUCUGCAUGGACACGAGGAGCCCUUUGAUGGGAAUUGAAAAUGGAAUGUUGUUCGGUGGAAAGUUUGUGGCACUUGGGUUGCAAUUUGCAAGGGACGUGAGCGCGUGUUGGUCAAGGGUGGGCGCGUGGACUCGUGUAAGGGCGGCGAGGCUGUGGAGGGCCCUCUGCUUGCAGAAGCCCGAUCAAAUGGAGAUGGGCAUGCGAGAGAGUGAUGGGAGUGCAAGUGGGAUAAGAGGUUAUGGAGGGAAUGGUUGGCAUCAGCGCACCAAAGUGCAGCAUUCAUAAAUGCCAGAGAUUUUGUUGUACGGUUGUAUGUACAUUAUAUCUUUUGUACUAUAAUGCGCGGUAAAGCUACAUGGGGGUUGUUUGUAUGAUUUGCUGUGCUCUGCACGGCCGCAAUCACCUUCCAACAGCCAGAUGUUGUGCUUUAAUCUCGUCACUGUUGGAUUGCAUGGCCGUUGUCUGGCGUUGACAGUUGGCGCAGAAUCUUGCAGGACUUGUAGUUGGAGGUCAAAAAUAUUUGCAGAGUUGGGGCUUAAAUAUAGGCAGAGUUUGGAGUGCAUCCAGCACGCCAUGUUUGCGCUAGGCUGCUCUCUGCCUGACCUCUCUCCUAACUUGGGCAACGGUAUCGUAUUCGGGUCUUAUGGAGGAAGGCGGCGCUCGUGUACAUUCUUGGCGCAUGGGCGGGUAUGGCAACGGUCAAAUGCUCAGCUUGUGCAGUGUCAACACAGCACAAAAUGAGCUGCAUAUCAGGAAUGUGAAAACGCAUGGUUUCGCGCUGUUCAUUGACACAAUCACGCCAAGACUUAUGAAUAACUGGUCGCCCUUGUACCUGUCUACGUUAAUGUAAAGGCUCAUGGAGGC